AUGGUUGAAUGUGUACCUAACAGUCAAAAACAGCUACCAGACAGUGUUGUGGAAGAUCUUCGCUCUAUAGUUGGCAAAGAAAAUGUGAGCGUAUCACUUGCUGUUCGAGAACAACAUGGACACGAUGAAUCUUACCAUAAGUGCUUUCCCCCGGAUGUAGUUACAUUUGCUAAUAGUACAAAAGAGGUCAGUGCUAUUGCCAAAUAUUGUAAUGACCAACGAAUACCUCUCAUACCUUUUGGUUCUGGAACUGGCCUGGAAGGUGGAGUAACUGCCACAGUGGGUGGUGUGUGUGUAGACUUGAGUAAAAUGACAGAAAUCUUUGAUCUACACCAAGAGGACUUUGAUGUAACAGUUGAGUGUGGAGUUACUCGUAGAACAUUAAACUCUCACCUAAGAGAUACUGGGCUUUGGUUCCCUAUUGAUCCUGGUGCUGAUGCAUCCUUGUGUGGAAUGUGUGCUACAAGUGCUUCUGGUACAAAUGCUGUCCGUUAUGGUACCAUGAGAGAGAAUGUCCUGAACUUGGAAGUGGUCUUAGCUGAUGGCCGAAUCAUCAAUACAGCUGGGAAAAACAGACAUAUGAAAAAGACAUCUGCUGGUUAUAACCUAACAAAUUUGUUUGUUGGAAGUGAAGGAACUCUGGGAAUUAUUACAAAAGCUACUUUGAAAUUGUAUGGACAACCUGAAAAGACUAUUUCAGCUGUUUGCCAUUUUCCCUCUGUGCAAGCGGCAGUAGACACGACGGUGAUGACUUUGCAGUGUGGUAUUCCCAUAGCAAGAAUAGAAUUCAUGGAUGAAGUUAUGAUUGAUGCCUGCAACAAAUAUAGCAAACUCUCACUAAAUGUGGCACCAACGCUUUUCCUGGAGUUCCACGGUGCUGCAGAAUCACUGAAUAGUCAAGUGGAAACAGUCUGUGAAAUAGCCAAAUCUAAUGAAGGUUCCGACUUUAAGUGGGCUACAGAUGCUGAUGAAAGAAACAAGUUAUGGAGAGCUCGGCACGACAUGUUGUAUGCAUGCCUAGCUCUCCGGCCUGGCUCAAAGCCAUAUAGUACAGAUGUGUGUGUACCAAUUUCCCACCUGCCAGAAAUAAUAGUUGAUACUAAAAAAGACAUAGAAGAAUCAGGAACGACAGGUCCAAUUGUUGGUCACGUUGGAGAUGGUAAUUUCCAUGUAUUUUUCCCAGUCAUGCCAGACAACGCUGAGGAAAAGCAACUGAUUAAUGAUUUAGCUGAUCGUAUGGCCAAGAGAGCUUUGGCACUCAAUGGCACAUGCACUGGAGAGCAUGGAAUUGGUCUUGGUAAACGACACUUAUUGACUCAAGAAUUUGAUGAGAACACCAUUCAGGUGAUGAAGGAAAUGAAAAAAGCAUUAGAUCCCAACAACAUCUUGAAUCCUUCAAAAGUGUUACUUCCAGCUUAAAUAGUUUCUUUAUGCCUGGAAAAAACUGAAGAUUUUUUAUAUUUAUACCUGAAGUUACACUUUGUUAACUACCAGUUUGCUGGGACAUUAUAAUUAGGAGAUUGUUGAAUGUUAUUAUUAUUUAAUAUUAUAUUUAUGGAAUUGUAUUUUAAAUCAUAGCUCAUAUACACUCAACUGGAUAUAGCUAUGUGUAUACACACAGACACACACUCAAUAUUGUCACAUACAAAAUGUAUAAAAUUAUAUACACAGUGAUUUCUAGCUAGGAAAUUUGAAUACAUAUGAUUUUAAUUAAACAAAAUAUAUUAAUCAGUAUCAAUUUUUGAAACAUAAGUGCUGAUAUGAAGAUUUAUUAAUUUCAUAUUCUGGAUUCUUCUCAAAUUUUGCAGCUUUGUUAUUGUUAUUGUUAUUGUUAUUGUAAUAAUCUUGAAAAAAAAAAAUGUUUUUUACUUCACCAAAAAA